UAAAAAUUAUAACGGGCCAAAAACUUAGAAGCCCAAAAAAGAAAAGCCCACACACCAUCACCGCCUUUAACGGUGGUAUAUCAAAGCGAGUAACCAGGAUUCAUUCAAACCAAAAAAAAUGGAGUCCACCGAAAACCAAUCAGGUUUGCUGCACCAGAUUAUACCUCCUCGUCUAGAAGAUGCAGGUCUCGAAGAUCCCGCGCUUCCGCCAGAAUUAAUCCACGAAGCGUUUCUCAAAGCCGCCGCCGCGGUGAAAUCAGGCGCCGCCUCAAUAUUCUCCGGCGACGAUGAUUGCCUCGACGAUCCGACGCCCACCGAAGACGAUGUCUCCGAUGUUGUGGAUGUGAUCGAGCCGGAGAAUGAAGCGCCGGGACCGUGUGUGGAUGGAUUGCAAGGGUUGGAUAUCAAAGAGGAAGAGAAUUUGAAGGAAAGUGAAGAGAAAGAGAAAAAUGAGAAGAAACCUAUCUUGGUUGGAAGCUAUGCUUGAAAGAAGAUUAAAUUUUGGCUUUUAGAUUAAUCUCUUUGUUUUAUAAUAAUGUAUGUAUUUUAUUUUGAUGUGUUAAAGUAGUUUGGUGUAUGAAUAGGCAAAGUCUUAAUGAUUGUAUCGUAAGUUGUAACUGGUUUCGUUUUGUAUUUGUUUCUAAAAUAAUACAGUAAUUUAUAUAUUAUUACAAAAAGAGGUGACAGACCAUAUGUCCGUUA